GAUUAUUUCUGCAGCUGGUGGGCUAGCAAGGUUCGCAGUUUACCGAUUGAGCCCGCGCAAUCGACGACGAAGACGAGAAGGUACACACUUUGCAACAGGGAUAGGCACUAUUCUCGUUCACCUUUUACUGUCCGAAUUUUGCGAGUAACGCACCAGGAUCGUUUGGACAUGUUGUGAAUGGAGAAGCAGUGCAAAAUGAACGGCAGGCUGAAGGAUAGCUUGCCAAGCAUCCCCUCCGAUCUGUUGCUUAACCCCUUCGUGCACCACCUGGAACUCACAUCCACCUUAGACAAGAUAAAGACCGCUCUUCUAACGGUGACAUUUCUGCCGCUGCGAGUCCUUUGCAUUGGUCUGCUGCUGAGUUUGGCCUGGGUGUUGGCCUGCGUCGGUCUUGUGGGCCUCGACGAAAAUGACGUGCGCUGCAAACCCCUGACCGGCUGGCGAAGGUCGUUGAGAGCAGUGAUCAGUAAAUUGGUGCGCCUGCUUAUGGUGUUCGGUAGUUUCCACACGGUGAAGGUCAAAGGACGCCAGGCGACUCAGAGGGAGGCGCCGGUCCUCAUUCUGGCGCCUCACUCGUCCUUUUUCGACGCUCUGCCCGUGGUCCUACUCGGCUCGCCAAGCAUCGUCGCCAAAGCCGAGACGGCCAACAUUCCUUUCUUUGGCAAGUUGAUCAACUACACACAGCCGGUGUACGUCUGGAGAGAUGACCCUACGUCACGCCAGAAAACAAUCAAGGAAAUCGUGAACCGCGCCACCUCAAAACUGGAGUGGCCCCAGAUUUUGAUCUUCCCCGAAGGAACAUGCACGAACAGGAAAUGUCUCAUCACAUUCAAGCUGGGCGCCUUCUACCCUGGUGUGCCUGUCCAGCCGGUGUGCAUCAGAUACCCAAACGAACUGGACACCGUCACCUGGACCUGGGAAGGGCCCGGCGCUCUGAAGCUGCUCUGGCUCACUCUGACCAGGUGGAACAGCAUCUGCGAAAUCGAGUUCCUGCCCGUCUACAAGCCGAGCGAGGAGGAGAAAAAUAAUCCCAAAUUGUUUGCCAACAAUGUGCGCAACAUCAUGGCCAAGGCGCUCCAAAUUCCUGUCUCUGACUACAACUACUCAGACACGCUUUUGAUCAAGAAGGCUGUAGAGCUGAACCUCCCAUCAGCGUCAGACCUCGUCAAAGUCCAAAAGCUGAGGCAUAAAAUUGGACUAAAUUGUUUGGAAUUAGAAGUGCAACAGGCAUCUAAGUUGCUGAACAAAGAUCUUUGCUCCUUGGAGGACUUUGCGAAGGUUCUAAACGUGAGCGCUGGAAAUGAUGCUGUGCAAGAGUUGUUUCAGCUCUACGUCAAGAACGGUGUGCGAAUCAUAAAUAUUAGAGAGUAUUUGCUUGACAGUAUCAUCAUUAACAUGAAGAGUAAAACUGAGGAGAUGGCAAGACUGGCGUUUGAGGCCGUUAGCAGCGACCCAACUAGAAUGAGCAGGGAUGAAGCUGUGCAAGCACUGAAGAUUUCACUGAAAAUGUCAGAAGAGCGGGCGGAUCGGAUUUUCGACAAAAUAGAAUCAGUUUCAAAGUUUAAUUACGACUCGUUUGUGAAGUACGCCCAAAACAAAGAAGAUCUUGCAAAGAUUUUUGCUGGACCAAAAAAGGAUAACUGAGAGUAACCUCAAUUUGCAAUGAUCUGUGCCAAAGAGACCACGGAGAAAAAAUUUUGCCUGAUGUAUUUUUGAGAGUUUUACAUACAAGUAUUUUUUGCUCUGAAUUCGAGUAGAAUCCACUCGUGAUGCACUACUAUCUCUGUUAUUGGCAGGAACAGUCAAUUCUCUGUGUGGUUAUGAAUGUAAAUCAUUCCUGGAGACCGGUUAAACUAAAUGUGUAGUUAAUUAUUAUUGCCUCUUAUUUAUUUUUGUGCAAUUUGUACAUUCUCUAUUCUGCUGGAAUAAAACGUGUUAUAAUAAUGAAUUAUCUCAAAAA